CUAUAUAAGCGGUCUCGUCUGUAGAGUGCCUUGAUAUCUCAUUAUAGCGACCGUCUGCAAGCACAUCUCCAGAAACAAACUAUUCGCAUCACGACCAUUAUACCUGCGAAAGUUCCCAUCUUUUGCCUCAACAGAAACAUCACCACAAUCACACACAAACAGUCAUGGCGCAAAGGCUCAUUGCUUGCUACCAAUGGAUCAAGGCUGCUGGUGGAAGAGGCAACUUGUACACCAAGAUUAGCAACAGGGGCUCCUCAUACAAGAAGAUUGCGGGAGAGCCAACUUUGGCCCAGAACCAAGAUCUGUACAACGACAAUGUCCCGCUGCUUGACUGAUGCAUAAAGCAUGUCUCAGUGAUGAAAAGGUCGGCAAACUGCUACGACAUUAUGAGAACUACGGUUUAUACACGGAUUUUUUGGGAUAUUUUGGCUUGGGCGCUCUUUAUUACACAGGGAUAGGGGCAUGGCUGGUGGGUUAGGCUAGGGAAUACAGUUGACACUGCUGGACGGACACUUCAACUUGGAUAUCAACGGCGUUUUCGCUUUUCGGGCAUUGUGAGGGAAUAUCACGGUCAAGGGUCACAUCAUGGGUCGAGAUGGAGCAUUUUUCUCAAGUUGCAUAGAAAUUUACAGACUUCAUCUGUCAAAAUGGCGAUAUUCAGUUACAAAGCG